AUGAAGUGUCUCCCACUCGCCCUGGGCCUGGCCCUCGUGUGUGGCCUCCAGGCCGCUACCGUCCCCUCCGCCAUGGAGGACCUGGAUAUAAGACAGGUGGCUGGGACGUGGCACUCCAUGGCCAUGGCGGCCAGCGACAUCUCCCUCCUGGACUCGGAGACCGCCCCUCUGAGAGUGUACGUCCAGGAGCUGAGACCCACGCCCGGGGACAACCUGGAGAUCAUUCUGCGCAAAUGGGAAAACCACGCAUGCAUCGAGGGGAACAUCAUGGCCCAGAAGACCGAGGACCCAGCCGUGUUCACGGUCGACUACCAGGGGGAAAGAAAGAUCUCCGUGCUGGACACUGACUACACCCACUACAUGUUUUUCUGCAUGGAGGUCCCAGCGCCCGGCACAGAGAACGGCAUGAUGUGCCAGUACCUGGCCAGGACCCUGAAGGGCGACAACGAGGUCAUGGAGAAAUUCGACAGAGCCCUCCAGACUCUGCCCGUGCACAUCCGGAUCAUCCUGGACCUGACCCAGGGGAAGGGUUAG